AUUGUAUACAGCCGUCACGCCACAACCAUACAACACCGGUCAGAUUACAACCGGAGAACUCGACGUGGUUUACACUGCCUUCGGACGGGUGCCUAUUUACUCAGUGCCGCACCAUUUCGUAACAAUUAAGCCUCGCUGACUACAAGCAUGUCUUGCUAGGCAAGCGUGGAAGUGUGGGGCCUGCAAGCGGCACGGAAACAAGCGUACAUCGGAGGUUCUCACCAAGGAGGGGAGAGCUUGGUUGUCACUGGCUGUGCUGAACUAGGAAUCUACACAACAAUGGCUGACCAGUUGAGUGAAGACCGCAUUAAGGAGCUGCAGGACGCGUUCCUGGUGUUUGAUAAGGACGGGGACGGGAUGAUCAACACCUCGGAGCUGGCCACGGUCAUGCGGUCCCUGGGCAUGAACCCGACCGAGGCAGAGAUACAGGACAUGAUGGCGGAGAUGGAUGCCGAUGGUAGCGGUGAGAUUGACUUUGAUGAGUUCCUGGGGCUGAUGGGACAGAGGAUGCAGGAUGUGGACGAGGAAGAGGAGCUCAAAAAUGCCUUCAAAACGUUUGAUAAAGACGGCGACGGUUACAUCACCCCCGCGGAGCUGCGUGUGGUGAUGACGAACCUGGGGGAGAAACUGACGGAUGACGAGGUGGACGAGAUGAUCCAUGACGCCGACCAGGACGGAGACGGCAAGAUCGACUACGAUGAAUUUGUGCAGAUGAUGUGUGGAGGCAAGUGAUCAUCACGUGAUCAGAUCCCCCACCUUCUCAAUUGUACAUACAGAUACAGUUUUCUUACAUUGUUACUAAAACUCAGCAAACUGCCGAGGAGUUGUGAUAUUCAACUGGUAGGAUUUAGUUUGCAUCGAUAACAGGCCAGCUUGCCAGGAGAGGUACUGUCUAGCAAAGGAACUUUAGAUAAUUUUAGACAAGAGUAACAUGCCUUGUGCUGUAGUCUUGCCUUCUAUGUUUCUGGGUUGUAUGGACACAUAUUUUCUAUUCUGUAAUAAUGGAAGAGUGUUAUUCUUAUUCUUACUUAGAUGUCUGUACGUACGUGUUUAGCAACUGCUGAACACAUAAGAAACAUGUUCUUGUUGGUUGUCUCUCAAACUGAAUGUAGCUAAAUGAAUAU